AUGCCUUUACCCCACUUCGCGCCAUUUCCAAAUGCCAAAGUCAGACGCAGUGUUCAACCAGACGAAUGGCAGCUAUAUCUGGAGUCCUGGUCAUCAUUGGCAGAUCUCUAUCUAAGAGUUGAAGACCAUCAAUUUGUCUCAGCAGCCAAGAAUGAAGAAUCUUUAACCUCUUUUCUCUCAUCGUUCUAUCAUGAGUUGGCCAAUGACGACAGUUUGGGGGCUCAGGUAAUUACACUGAGGAAAAAGUGCUUCUUCCUAAUACACAGACUGUUUUCUUUGGGAGUCCAAAACUCAACCCUCACCAGUUGGACAACCUUGUCAGACAUCUGUCAUGCCUAUCCAAAAAGCAAGCAAUUCCACGCACUACUCCACAGCCUAUGGGUACAAAGUGGCAGCGUUGUCGAAAAAUCUUUGCAAACAGCAAAGAACUCGCUGAUCCACAACCUGGAGUCAAAGAGACCGGAAGAAGCAGAAAGUACCCUCGACCGAUUAGCACCCUUGCUCAAGAUUUCCCCAGACGCCAGCGUCUACAUGCUCACCGGAUCCGACUUCUUAGAUUCCUUAUAUGUAGCGUAUGCAAAAGUACCACAGUCAAUGCAAAAGAAACUGGCCACUAUCGCCUAUUUGGGUCUGAUCGCAACAUUGGAGGGGCAGAAACCAAACUAUUCACUUCUAUCAGAUCACUUAUACAGCCUCAAGGCCAGCGAAGAGCAAGCGCAGAAGCUGGAGCCAGGGAAAAAGACACUGGUCGCAGAUCUGGUCACCAAUACUCCCAUAUUAGAGAAGAUAAGAGAGAAAGCGACAGCGCCCGAGGCGAUAAGAGUGAAGAAUACGGCAGCGUCACUGAGCGUAUUCCGACAACCUGGAAUGUCUCGACCCAAAAGGCUCAUUCGACGAAAGAUUGACAAAGGCAAGGGCACCCUAACGCAGGAUAAUUACGGACAUAACGUGUUAAACGAUGAUGUACAUGUUCACCGCAUGAGUAUGAUCACACAAAUACAAGAUCUGUUUCCGGACUUUGGCGCUGGGUUCAUCAUCAAAUUAUUGGAUGAAUAUGGCGAAAACAUCGAGCAGGUCACUGCACAUCUACUGGAAGACACUCUACCUCCACAUCUUGCAGGUGCUGACCGUAGUGAGAAGUUACCCGCAACAUCAGCAAUCGAUCACUCAAAACUACCACCAAGAUCGAGUCAGCCAUUAUCAUCAUACGAUCAACAGCUACCAGCACGGCGCAAUGUCUUCGAUGAUGAUGAGUUUGACAGGCUUGCAGUUGAUAGCUCCCGUCUUCAUAUUGGACGUCAAGGCCAAGAUCUUAACGCAGACAAGAUACUCUCCGAUCGCAGUCAAGCUCCGACAAAGUCUGCCAUUCUAGCUGCCUUGGCCGUUUUCGACUCAGAUGAUGAUGAGCGCGACGAUACUUAUGACGCAGAAGACGUUGGUGCCUCGGUCGACACGGCUGCACCUGGUGCAGAUGAAGCUGACGCUGACCUCCGUGACAAGAAUGAAGAAGCCUUGUUCCGUGCCUACAGUAUGAAUCCUGAAAUGUUCGGCCGCGAAUCAGACAUAAGGAGAGGGAAAGCACGCGUGGCUUUGAAAAGCGAGACAGGUAUGACAGAUGAAGCCAUUGAAGGCUGGGCCAUCAUGAUCGGACGCGAUCCCAAGCGAUUACGCCGUCUUGAAGCGAAGUUCUCCGCUUUUACAGGCCAGCAGCGAGAAUUGCACUCUACAUCAUGGAAGGAUAGUGGAGAUGACCACAAUGCCGAAGGACAGAAUGGUCGUGGGGGGUUUGGCGGCCGUGGUGGGGGGAGAGGUAGAGGACGUGGUGGCCCUAGUAGGGGAAGAGGUGGCAGUGUCGCUGGCCCCAAUGAUGACAAGGGCACACAGGUUUCGCGGCAGAAAAAGGAGGCCAACAAGGGGUCGAAUGCGAAUCAUAACCGCAAAGCGCAACGGGGAAAAAAGAUGGCCAGAGCAGGGUUUCCAAGUUAA